ACGACUGCCCCUCCCUGUCGGUCACGUGAUCGGGAAGAAAAAGGAAAGAAAGUAGGAAGAAGAGCGAUAACCAAUAACAUCCAUGAGGAAGAGCGAUAACAGGAGAGAAAUCAACAACAGAGGAACAUUAUUAUCUCCCCGACAGGAGGAGGAGGCGUCUCUAUCAGCAGCCUUCAUGUGGAAACAGAGAACAAGACAACAGAAGAUGUUAAGUGAUUAGCUCCAGAUGUGAUGGGAGGACAGUGGUGGAUGUCAGCUGGAUAUGAGAUAAACACUGUUCUUUAGAUCAAGAAUCUACUGAGGAGGGGAGAAGAUGAAGCUGAACGAACGCAGCGUGGCGCACUACGCCACCUGUGACUCGCCGCCAGACAAGACGGGCUUCCUGUUUAAAAAAGGUGAGCGCAACACAGCGUAUCACCGCCGCUGGUUCGUGCUGAAGGGCAACAUGCUCUUCUACUUUGAGGAGCGCGACAGCCGAGAGCCCAUCGGCGUCAUCGUCCUCGAAGGAUGCACCGUGGAGCUGUGCGAGUCGGCCGAGGAGUUCGCCUUCGCCGUCAAGUUCGACUGUGCCAAAGCGCGGGUGUACAAGAUGGCUGCUGAGAGCCAAGCAGCCAUGGAGUCGUGGGUGAAAGCGUUGUCGAGGGCCAGCUUUGACUACAUGAGGCUGGUGGUGAAGGAGCUGGAGAGGCAGUUGGAGGAGAUCCAGGAGGCUGCGGGAGGCGGCUUUGUCGGGACUGGAGUCGGAGGCCUGCAGGGCAGACCUAAGUCCUCCAGGCGUAACCAGGUGGCACGGCCCAGGUCUGGAGCAUCCUCUACUUCGUCAUCUUCAUCUUCCUUGUCAUCAUCAUCAUCAAGUGCCCUUCCCAUGGCAGCCCUCUUCGCUGCCCAAAAGAGCGUCCAGGAUGAUAUGCAGCUCAUGUCUGAUUGUUCCAGGGAGAACGGCGUUGCGUGGAGCAAACCACCGGUUGCCUUGGCUAACGGCUUUGUUGAGGGAGCGUCCUGUGUGGCCUGGGAAGCCUGCGCAGACUCUGGGAAUAACACUGGUUAUGGGGCUGAUGGGGUGAGGGCUCCACCAGUGCCACCAAGGAGAAGAGGAGCAUCUCUGGAAAGCCCAGUCUGCCCGGGCACCGGCUGCUUCUCCAAACUCCACGACUGGUACGGCAAAGAGGUGGAGGAACUGAGAGUGCAGUGGCUGCAGAGCCAGUGAACUAAUGGAGGUGAAUUACCUCGUUUUUCCAGUUUAUCAUUCCUUUCUGAUCAUUCUGCAGCGUUACUCUGAAAAAAAACGGAGACUUAUUUGCAAAUUGCAGUCAUAUGACCAAUCAGAAAAUACAACUACAAAUGUGAGAUUGAUUCCAAGUCUUGUCUGGCACAGGGGAAUCAAUCUGUCUUAAACAUUAACACUAUCCAUUGUACAAUCCAAGACAUUUUAAAACACAAAAUAUGCUCUUUUUCCACAGUCUUGAGUGUCAUUUGGCAAAGACAAUUAAAAAUGUUAAGGACACAGUAUUUAAAAUGGUAAUCAUUUAUUAAAAGUAUCGUUUUUUCUAAGAAGAUGCUAAACUGAUUGGCCUUGUGGUACAUACAAUUCAUAAAAAAAUACGCUGUUCUGUUAUUAUAUAUAUGUUCACGAUUUAUUUUGCCCUUCUUGCUUCCAUAUAUUCCAAAUAUGUGCAAUUGUUUUGGGGUCCAUUUAUCUUUAAAGCUGUAGCAACCUUUAUCCAAACCAUGUUUUUCUACUGUGUACAUUCACACUAUGGUGCUAAGCAUCUGAAAAAUACCAGAAAACAUCAAAUAUCUGCUAAAUCCCCACAUUUAAAUAUUUUUCUGAUCCCAGCCGAAGAUGGCAAUUUUUUGUUAUAUGCAAACGAAAUAAAGAAUAAAUAACGGUAUGAAGACAAAUCCACAUGGAUCAGGUUGCUAUAGUUACAAGUUAUCCACGGCAUACAAAGGUGAAGGUAACAGGAAAUCCUGCAGCUGUAUGAUAAAAUGCUAAAAUAAAGAAACAACAGGGAAGCCGUUUGUACCGUCGAUGAUGUUCUUACAAUCUAAUGGAAAAUUAACAGCGUUCAUGUUUUAAAAAAAUAUAUAUAUAUAUCAGUAUUUCGAGCUUCCUGUAACGUUCUGUAACCUCUGGUUAGGAAGUGGUGUUGGGGGAAAACUAGUCCAGAUUCUCCUCCAUACUCCCAGCGGGGCACAUCUCACCUCAGAGACCUUGUGGUUGCUAAGGUCAGAGCAUCCUCUCGACCGUCUGUGGGGACCGUGGUGGGAGCUGGAUGUCUCGCUCAGAGCAACACACUGGUAUUUUUAGCCCUUGUUAGCCAGCGGCCAGAUGAGUCUGUGUCAUAAGAGUGCUUGUCACUUAGUUCUCUUUUGACUCUUGUAUUUCAUAAAAGGAGGUUGUUUUUUAUCCUUGAACUUACAGGACUUUAACACUGAUAAUGUCUUAUCAUACAAUCGAAUCGUCUUAAUUUCAUCAUACUGUUUGUUUGUUACAGCUGAGUAACGUGAAUGUUACUGAAUGGAUGUAGCUGUUAGAGGCCUCUACUGUAUACGUGAACAUCUAACCUCUUGGUUUGUAGAAAUAUUUUCCAUGUUUUCCAUGUUGGAAAUUAACACCAGCAGUCUGAAGAAUGGGCCUUUUUAAAAUGAUUGCUCGUACUGUGUUGCUGUUCUACUUCUGUAUUUAUAUAUCCAAUCAUAUAGUCGUUUACAUUUUUUAUGUUUUAUGUGCCUUAUGUUAUCUUUAUAACUCCGUUUGAUGCACUUGCAACCAUUUCCAUAGGCCUGCAGUGAUGAGAGGGCUACUGUGCUGCUGUCUUUCUUUUAUGUCUUUCUUCAUGUAUUUCUUUUUCUUUCUAUCUUUCUUUCUUUCUGUCUUUCUUUAUCUUUCUUUCUUCUCUGUCUUUCUUUAUGUUCUUCCUUAUGUCUUUCUUUAUCUUUUUUUUCUUUUAUGUCCUUCCUUAUGUCUUUCUUCAUGUAUUCCUUUCUUUCUGUCUUUCUUCAUGUCUUUCUUUCUUUUUUUCUUUCUUUAAUCACUUUUUGACAAUGUCUCUGUUCGUUCAGUCUGCAUCGUUGCACAGCACUAUCAUUACUGUUAAACACUUGGCUUGUACAGAAAUGACAAUGUGGGAAGGAGUGGUACAGUGUGUAUUGUGUUUUAUUUUUUUUAAACAGCAGCAUCGAGGCGGUAUGCUUUUGACACAUAUUGACUAAAAUUAUUGUUGUUGUGCCAAUUCUGUUAACUCCAGAAGAGCGUUACUGUAAUUACAGAUGACAAUAGUCUGUCUUUUUAACAAUCAUAUUUAAAGGAAAUUGUUGAAUGUGUCAAAUUAAUCAUAUGAAUGAUAAUCUUGUUCAAGAGUGCCAAAUGAGGAAUGCUUUCUAAAUGCACAAUCUUUGAUUGAUUUCCACCAUUGUCUUACAAAUUUUCGAUGGUACACAAUAUGAGUAUUAUUUUGAAUAACCAACAAUAUUUAACACAUUGUCCUGAUAUGGUACCAUGAAAAUAUGUUUCUUAAUCAAGCAUUUGCUGUAAACCAUUCAUUAAACAGUUAAUAUAA